UGAGAGAAACCCUUGAGAGAGAAAGAGGGCAACUUAAAAGGAAAUCAAAUCCGAAUUCAAAAGAGCAAGAAAUUCUCAGAAAAUGUAAGCGAUUCUUCGAUUUUUCUAGUAUUCAAUGCGUAGGUGUCACUUUCUACACCAACUACAGUUUCACUCCUUCGGAUCUUAUCUCAAGCUGAGAAGUUCAUUACCUCAAUAGAGGAGCAUUUUUGCUGUUGGCAUAAUUUGUUGUGAUGCCGAAGGACGUUUAAAUGAGAAGUCAGUCAUGCUGCAGAGCAGUUAAUAGUCUCCACGUGCCAUCAAUACACACGCAUCUGUUAUCUCAUCCGAGUAUCAGACCGAUGUGUCUGUGUGUGAGUGUGUUGGGUUUCUUUUAUAAACAUGUAACAAACAUUCACAAUAACAAAGUCAGACUAUUCAACUUGACUAGAGCUUUUGCCAACGAGUGGAAUGCUGUGAUACAAUUCUUAACCAUUUGUGAUCCAUUAUUUAUUUAGGGAAUUAAUGGGAGAUUUUAGGUUAAAUCAUGUAUGCCAUUGACUGUGUUUAAGGGCGACAUUACAUUAUCUUUUUGUCUUUUCAAUUAUAUCUAUCAUAAUGGGUCUGUUUUCUAAUAACUUGGCAGUAUUGAGCAAUCCAGAGACAAUUCAUCAAAAUGAAAUCUAUAGCACAAUAUAAAGGAGAUGCAUUAUACAAACCAUUGAUAGCUCUCUCUGUUUACAAAUAGUGCCAGUAGAUUGACUCUCCUUAUUAAUAUCUUGUUUCUUUAGAGGAUUCAAAUUCUCAUUUACAAAUAGUGUCAGUAGAUUGACUCUCCUUAUUAAUAUCUUGUUUCUUUAGAGGAUUCAAAUUCUCAUGAGCAACAUAUAUAGGUAAAGAAUUCACCAAUUUAGAUGCAAUAAAGCAAUGCUCAGUAGGAUUAUGUCCUCCAUUACCAACUACUCUCUAUAUCUCAACGGUCACUUUUAGGAAUGGAUAAAAUAUUACACGUGCCACAUGAAUGGUAUUGGAGGAUAUAACCCUAGUGGACAUUGCUUUAUUGCAUCUAAAUUGGUGAAUUCUUUAUCUAUAUGGGUUGUUGAUGAGAAUUUGAAUCCUCUAAAAAAAGCAAGCUAUUGAUAAGAAGAGUCAGUCUUGAUACGAUUUGUAAACAGAGAGAGUUAUCAAUGGUUUGUAUAAUACAUUUCUUUUAUACUGUGUUAUAAAUUUCAUUUUGAUGAAUUGUCUGCUUGCCAGUUCAGAUAUCGAACCAGGUCUCCUUCAAGUAGCAUUGUUAGUGAUCCAUAUCAUCAAUUUGAGUGUUCAUCUCGUUGUCAGGCUCCUAACUAUGAGAAACAAAAGCGGGACAAGACAGCCCAAGUUUCUUCUAUCCAGAAUUCGCACAGAUAUGAGAGACCUGGGUCUACCAGUUCUUCAAGAUCCCACCACAAGUCAUCUGGGAACUCAUCCACUUGUUCCAGCAACAUUUCAAGUAAUGUUGUUGAUCCUUACAUUAAUGGAGAGCAGCAUCCAGGGGAAAGUAGGCCCGGGAACAAUUCACAAAGAAAUAAUAGUAGACGUGGGAGCUAUGGUUGGCUACUCACAUGAUAAUCUCUUCCUUUUGCAAACAAUUAUUCAAACAGAUCCUCAUGGUGCUGUAAAUUUUGCAUUAAUGAUGUCGCAAAUGGAGGGAGGUUUCCCAGUUGAUUACAACACCAUAACUGAUUUUUUUUUUCUUAAGGUGUUUAUGUACUAUGAUUAAGCCAUUAUUGUAGGGUGCUGUAAAUUUUGCAUUAAUGAUGUCGCAAAUGGAGGGAGGUUUCCCAGUUGAUUACAACACCAUAACUGAUUUUUUUUUUUCUUAAGGUGUUUAUGUACUAUGAUUAAGCCAUUAUUGUGGUGAUUAGUAAUAUAAUAUUCAUGCUUCAUUAUGUUGGUUAAGUGUUUCUUUAUGUGGUUUUAUGUUGAUUUUUAUGUAUGAGCACUAAGUGGUUUUUCGGUUCUUGCAGUCAUUUGUUGAAUUUUUGAUGAACAACAAUUAAGGCAUAUAGGAUAUAGUGUCUAAGGAAUAGGUUAUAAAUGACAGGGUGUAGGAUAUAGGGCAUAAAACAUAGGUAGAGCUUAGAUCAAAGUAAGGAUAAGAUUUAAGGCUUAGGGUACUAGGACUCUGCACCUAGGCCAUAAAGCUUAGGACUUGCCAAAGAAUACUGUGAAGUGCAUUGAUGCCUGCAUAAGAAUUUUUGAGCAAUUCAGGUCAUAUGAAGAGCAGUAUUCUUUUCUGAGAUCAUAUUUGAGCUCCAGGUAAUUAUUUCAUUUUUAUAUAACUGUGUUGUCUAGUAGAAAAUGGAUGCCUUCUGUAAAAGGCACAAACUUGAAUGCAGUGAGAAACUAGGAGAUCUUGUGAAGGUAGGUUGCAUUUGAAAUUUUGAAAUAGUUUGAAUUGAUUGCUUUUUUUUAUUUUUUGCUUUUUGCUUCGU